AUGAAAGAAGAAACAACAAAAUCCAGCACACAUCAAGUCAGAAUUUUUGAUUAUGCUAACAAUGUUUUCAGUGUGAAGGAGACAGUGGACCAUGGUGAGGGGAAGCCUAUGGGAUAUUAUAAGGUCGACCUCUUGAACGGGUGGUGUGACUGCGGAAAGUUUCAAGCAUAUCGUGUCCCUUGCUCACAUGUUAUCGCUGGAUGUUCGAAUGUGCGCCACGACGCUUAUGCUCUUUUGUCCGACGUUUAUAGGAUUACAAACCUGUUUGGGGUUUACAGCACAAGCUUUCCAGUGCUGUCGUAUGAUGAAUAUUGGCCCGUUUAUGAAGGAGAUCAAAUUUGCCAUAACCCAAGAAUGCGGAGGAACAAGAAAGGCCGCCCAGUGAGCACACGUAUUACAACAGAAAUGGAUAACUUUGAAAAGCUUGAGAGAAAAUGUUCCAUGUGUCGUCAAACGGGCCACAAUCGAACUCGGUGUUCCAAUGUGGAAACAAGUAAUCGUUAG